AUGCAUCGCAGUCCGCGUGGAUUUUUAACUGCUUUUAAGCAAAGGUACCUCAUGGAGUACGGCUACAUGGACAAGUCCAAGGACGGCGCGUUCGCUCUGCGCACGGAAGAGUCCGUCAGACGGUCCCUGGAAGCCAUGCAGCGGUUUGCGGGGCUACCAGCGACCGGCAGGCUGGACGCGGCCACCAAGAGGCUGUUGGCCACGCCCCGGUGCGGCUUGCCGGACCUGGAGGCCGAAAGGCCACGCAGGACGAAACGGUUCGCGCUGCACGGGUCCAAGUGGCCGUACACCACGCUGACGUGGAGGUGA